CUGGGACGCUUUUCUCUUCUCGUUUUUUCCGGACCGCGCGAGAUAUCCGGCGUGGGGUUCCGCCUGUGGAUCACCCAUUGGUCCACCGACACCUACCGAUACAUUUUCGACCGCGGACUCAUCCUGAUCGCCUACCGGAACACCCUCUUCCGGACGGUGGCCGCAGUCUAUCUCACCACGAUCACCUGUCUGUUCGCGGCUUACCCGCUGUCGAAGCGCCGCCUCCCCGGGCGCACCGCGAUCACCGCCUUCUUCGUGUUCUCGAUGUUCUUCAGCGGCGGGUUGAUUCCGACCUACCUGUUGAUCCGUGGGCUGGGGUUCAUCAACAACCUGUGGGUCCUGGUGAUCCCGCAGAUGUUCAACGUCUUCUACAUGAUCAUCAUGCGCAACUACCUGAUGGCCGCCCAUCUCGAAGAACUGGAGGAGGCUGCGCUCGUGGAUGGCGCCGGCUACCCGUACAUCCUGUUCCGCAUCAUGGUGCCCCUGUCGAAGCCGCUGCUGGCCACGGUGGCUCUGUGGGUGGCCGUGGCUCACUGGAACGAAUGGUUCUACGCCCGCAUCUACCUGAGCGGGAACAGGUUUCUCGUGCUGCAGUCCUUGCUGCAGCGACUCAUCGAGCAUUAUCGCCAGGACGAGCAGGUGCUCAACGACUACGUGCUGCAGACCGAGGCGGAGAUCAACUCCGCCAACGUCGUUGCGGCGACCAUGAUUCUCACGAUCGGUCCUAUCGUUCUGCUGUACCCGUUCUUGCAGAAAUACUUCGUAAAGGGGGUGAUGAUCGGGUCCUUGAAGGGAUGA